AGAAUCUAUAGUGUCCACCACAUGGUACAUGCACCACAUUUCUAGUGCUUGCUAAGCUGUAACCAAUUGACGAUCUCACACAUAUAAACCCCCUCCUCUCGUUGCUCCAUCACCAUAGGCUAAAAGGAAAAAAAAAGCAGCAGCGGCGGCGGCGAUGGUUCAUGCAAUGGCGAGAGUAGUGGUGGUUUUCGACUUUGACAAGACCAUUAUCGAUUGUGAUAGUGAUAAUUGGGUGGUGGAACAGUUAGGCAUUAAUGACAUCUUCACUCAGCUCCUCCCUACCUUGCCCUGGAAUUCCCUCAUGGAUCGGAUGAUGAUGGAGCUUCACUCUCAGAAAAAGACAAUUCAGGAUAUUGCAGAUUGCUUGAAACAGGUUCCUCUGCAUCCCAAGAUAAUUUCAGGCAUUAAAUCAGCUCAUGCUUCUGGGUGUGAUUUGAGGAUAGUAAGUGAUGCAAACACAAUCUUCAUAGAGACAAUAUUGAAACAUUAUGGGUUGAUGGAUUGCUUCUCAGAGAUAAUCACAAAUCCAAGCUAUGUGGAUGAAGAAGGCAGGCUGAGAAUCUUACACUAUCAUCAUCAUCACUUCAACUCAUCUGCUCAUGGAUGCACAAUCUGCCCUCCCAACAUGUGCAAGGGUUUGGUGAUGGAAACGAUGCGAGCUUCUGUUUCUGCUGAAGGAAAAAGCCAGUUCGUCUAUGUUGGUGAUGGAACUCCUGAUUUUUGUGCUGCAAUGAAGCUUGAACAAGGAGAUAUUGUGAUGCCAAGGAAGAAUUUUCCACUACGUGAUUUGAUUUAUAACAACAAAAAUCUUAUCAAGGCAAAUAUUCAAGAAUGGAGUGAUGGGGAAGAUUUAGGCACUAAGCUGCAAUUGAUCGACGCCAUUGAAGAGAAGUGCAGCAGUUUGAAACCUGGUACUUUUGUUCCAGCUGAUUGUAAGCUUCAGACAGCUUCAUCAAUCUCUGCUCGGGAUUCAUUUGCCAGAAAUUUACUCCCAGUUCCUCGUUAGAUAAGGCCAAAAAGAGCAGUUCUUGUUUCUGCUGCUGUUGAUUGUUUAUGAUAGUAUGUUUCUAAUCAAUACGUUAAUGAUUCACGCAAGGAUGAUAUGGAAAAAGUCUUAAUUUUUAA